CUUAUUCUUCAGAACUCGGACUUCCAUCUGUUGUUGCAUUCAUGUAAUGCUCCGAUUCGAGUAGGUACGAUGACUCUUGAGCUCGACGUCUUGCCAAGAGCCAAUCUUGGUUGCAAACCAGUGUUUCAAGAGAUUCAGCGCUAAGACAACUUCGAAAGUCGGUUAGAAUGUUGCCGCUAGCACUGAAUUCUCGUUCAACUGCUACGGUUGAUACCGGAACGGAUAACACUUGUACGGAGCAAACGAAGGAUGCGAUGUGGGAUCGUAUCGAGGAGAAGUUCUUCACGGCGAUGAAAAAGGACGGCUCCUACCGAACCCGGGACCAACUCACUUCCAAAUGGAGCCACAUCAACAAAAAAGUACGAAAGUUUAUGGGAGUAUACGAGGAAUGCUCCUGGUCCCGGAGGAGCGGCAUGAACGACGCCGAUGUUCUCUGGCUUGCCACGACCCGGUAUCAAGACGACGGGAACCAAGGCAAGGUGCCCAUCGAUCUUUGGGGGAUUUUGAGUCGUUCCCCAAAGUGGCAACAACUCAACAAUCCCGACGGCGGAUCAUUGCGAAAAAGAUCCGCCGUCGACGCCGAGGUUGAGAUCGACGAGACUAUCGGUUCUACCGAUCAAAUCCCUCCCUUCAAUGUUGCGGAUUCCGAUGACGAGGACCCCAUUCCACGGCCGAUCGGAAGAAAGAAGGCAAAAUCCAUUGCCUCUGGUUCGGGAGGGUCCGCCUCUGUUUCCGCUUCUCCCCGCGACGAAAUCGGCCGGGCAAUGAUUGAACAACUUCGGGCGUUCAAUCUCCAAGAACAAGAGAGGUUGAAGCUAAAGGAGAAGGAGUUGAAGCUAAAGGAGCAGGAAGCCGAGAUGAAAGUCAUGCAAACCGAUCCCCGGACGUUGUCGGAGUUUGGACGAAUGAUCUAUGAGCAAAGAAUGAGAGAGAUCAAGGAGAAAUAUAAUUUACUUUAGUUUUUUUUAUUAAUGUUUGCACAAACAUUUCGAUGGUUUACACCGACACAAGUGUUGGUGCGUUAAUAAAAAUUCACACGGACACAAAUGUUGAGUAGGUCUUAAGCCGCUGUUGUGGGGAUUUGGAGAUCCAUUUGUGCAUAAAGAGAUUCGUGGCUGAGAUUCUCCUUUGCGGGCUGAUCUGACGUCUUCGAUUGGAAAUUUGAGUAGUACAUUGAAAUUGGGGUCUGGUUUGCGCACUAGAGAAAAGGAGAUAUCGCCUCUGCCAGCUGGUAAAUGAAGGGUGGAUGGAGAUGUAGGUGUCGAUAGCAAUUGGAUAACAAUUGAGUUUCUUAAUGAGAUCAAAUGUUCAGGAAUUCCAAACCACAGAAUAGUGUUGAAAAAAGGGGUUCCAAGUGUGUAAUUAAGAAACAUUGAUCAAACAUCUAGAUUAUGUAAUGGUACACAGUUAAUUGUGGAAGAGCUGCGAAAGAAAGUCAUCAGAGCAAUUCUAGUCUUAGGAAGCAGAGUCGGGG